UCAUGCAGCCAGCACUAUACUGGGUGAGAUGAGGAAUUCAACAGGUACCUAUAGAUAUUUCUGAGUCUGAGCGUGGAGGUGGCAUACAAUAUGAAAAGCAUUACCUGCUUGCUUGAGAUGGACAACUCGCUGGAUUACAGAAAAUAGUCCAUCAUCAUUUGGAAUCUGUGAGAUAUUGGAAAUUGACUGAUUUAAAAGACAAGCAACAGUAUUGUUUCUUCAGCAGCAGUGUUUUCCACAACAUGAAGAAGCUUCUUCCGUUUCCUGAGUGGUUUCGGGCAGCAAGCCUGUGCUUAUGUUUGGCCCACACUGUCACAUCCGCGGUCCUAACCAACUCCACAGGACUGGAGUCCAUCUUGGAUAAGUACAAGGAGGAAGAGUGGUGGAAAGCCAGAACGAGAGGGAAGAGGGCCAUCAGCGAGGGGGACAUGCACCUCAUCCUGGAUCUGCACAACAAGUUGCGUGGUCAGGUCCACCCGCCAGCCUCCAACAUGGAGUACAUGUCGUGGGAUUACGAGUUAGAGAGAAGCGCCGAGCACUGGGCCCAUACCUGCCAAUGGGAGCAUGGACCAAGCCACAUGUUGACUCAAAUAGGCCAGAACCUUGGCGCACACUGGGGCAGGGAUCGUCCUCCCACCUACCAUGUGCAGGCCUGGUAUGAUGAAGUCAGAUACUACAGCUAUCCUUACUCCCAGGAGUGUAACCCACACUGCCCUUUUAGAUGUUCAGGACCUGUUUGCACUCACUACACUCAGUUGGUGUGGGCCACAAGCAAUCGUAUUGGGUGUGCCAUCAACGUGUGCUACAACAUGAACGUGUGGGGAAUGAUCUGGGCUAAAGCUGUUUACCUGGUCUGCAACUACUCACCACCUGGAAACUGGUGGGGUCAUGCACCUUACAAGUAUGGUGCUCCAUGCUCUGCUUGUCCAGCCAGUUAUGCUGGAGGAUGCAGGGACAAUCUGUGCUACAAAGAUGGAGGUGUUGACAGGCGUCCUGCUCCAGAAACCGAGGAGACCAACUACAUUGAACCAGAGCCAGAUACAGUGAGAGAGAGGGAGGUCGAAUCCAGGGCCCAAAAUCCAAGCCCCUCGCAAGGCUCUGAGGACUUGGCCAGAAACCAGGUCAUAAGCACCGAGCAGAUGUGCCAACAAAUGGAGUGUGACACAAAGUUGAGAGAUCGGUGCAAAGGAACAACAUGUAACAGAUAUGAGUGUCCACCUGGCUGCUUUGACAGGCACGGGAAAGUAGUUGGGACUACGUCUUAUGACAUGCAAUCCAGUGUGUGUGGAGCUGCAUUGCACGCCGGUGUUAUCGACAAUGAUGGAGGAUGGCUGGACGUGACCAGACUUGGGCGAAAACAACAAUUCAUGAAAUCAUACAAGAAUGGUAUUCAAUCAAUAGGAAAGAACAGAAGUGCAAAUUCCUUUAAAGUACAGUCUGUGCCUGUCAAGGCUGUUGCAUGUGACACCACCGUGGCACUGUUCUGUCCCUUUAAGAAACCUGUGCGACACUGUCCAAGGUUGUAUUGUCCCAAGAAUUGUCUACAUGAGAGCCAGGCCAGAGUUAUUGGGAGUAAAUAUUACGCUGACAAAUCAAGUAUCUGCAGAGCAGCCCUUCAUGCUGGUGUAAUCCAGAACGAAUCUGGAGGUUACAUUGAUGUGAUGCCAAUGGACCGCAGGAGGCAGUACAGCGGCACGUCCCAAAAUGGCAUCACCUCAGAAAGUUUACUUAAUCCGACGGGAGGAAAAUCCUUCAGAGUGUUUGCUGUUAUCUGAAGAAUAAAACAUAUCCAAGGACAUACUCAAAACUUUGAAGAUAUCAUCCAGCUUUCCUCCAGAAAAAAAAAAUCAUCACGUUCUUCUGCUGUUGAUGCGAAAGGUGGCUUAACUACACUGUAAUGAACUGAACUGAAUCUAAAUGUUUUCAUUAAUAGCUUGGCAAGAGGUGCAUAAAUGACCCCGUGAGUACGUCAGUCAGGCAUAAAGAAAACAUACUUAAGAAAGCCACCCGCAGUUUUGCAGCCAGAAGCUUCAUGCUGUGAGGUGACAGUACAGUGCACUGCCUCACCAUACUGCCCACACAGUUCCUUAAAAUCUACUUUAAUUUUCAAGGCUAAAACCGACUCCAGCACUUCAAAGACCUGCUGUACCUCACUGUGAAAGCUAAGUUGUGAUUGGACCGUUUCCUAAGAGGAGGGAUUUAGCAAGUUCAUUUUUAGGGAGAAAAUCUCCCACAAAGCAGUAUACUGUAUUAGCUACUGACAAUUUUCAUUGCAUACAUUGGAAGUUUGUUAAACCUGCAGUUCAAGUUAAAGUACAUAAAUAUACAAGACUUAAAGCAGUAGUAAUUCUUGGUUUCGGAGGCAACAGACUUCAUGUUCACUAUUCAUUUGUCUUGACAAUAUGCCAAAUUGCUGUAAUACUGGAAGUAUUAUAGCUAUAAAACAGAAAGUAUGAGAUAUCAUCUGUAUAUGUUUGUACAGACUGCAUCAAAAUGUUGUAAAUACUAAGGAAACUUUAACCCUGUGUGCAUUCAUCGAUCAUUUUUCUAAAUCUCAGUAACCUUUUAAGAAAAGGAAAACAGCAACACACACGCAUAUUUAAUGCUUAUAUUUUAUCAUCAUAAUAUAUAGUAUAUGAAUAUUCAAAACUUUGUCAAUAAUGUCAGCUUUUAUUUUUUGGGAAAAAAAAUAUAUAUAUAUUAUAUAUACAUAUAUAUAUAUAUAUAUAUAUAUGGACCCCUGGCUGGCCAGGUAUGUGUAUGACAGAGUUGAAAAAAAUAUG